AUGAUACCAUAUCUACAUUUUCGACCUUCAUCAACUCCUAAAAAGCCACCAGAUGGAAGGCAGCUUCUUUUUCACAGUGCCAAAAUGCGAGCCCUGACACUUCUUACAUCUUGCUUGGUUUUAAUUUCUGCAGGAACGCUUUUCACAUUCUCCUUAUAUUCUAAAGCUUUACGUUCACAUUUUGGAUAUAGUUCGGCCGAUGUCAAUCUUAUUGCGGGUGUUGGAAACACUGCUGUUUAUCUUUCAUUUCUUCUCGUUGGCCCCAUAUAUGACCACUGGGGCUCAACCGUCACCAUGAUACUUGCAUUUGUGACCUCUACAAUUGGAUACGGAUGUGUUUGGGCAGCAAUCAGUGGACAUUUUUCUAUUACAAGUGUAACCGUGCUUUGCGUGCUAUAUUUUUUAAUUGGUGUAAGCUCUACUGCUGCAUACCUAGCAGUUGUGGGAAUUAAUAUGAUUAAUUUUCCGCCGGAGCGCACUGGUCUUACACUUGGGAUUUUACUGCUAUUCUAUGGUUUAUCUGGCACAAUCAACUCUCAGGUGUUUGCGGCAUUUUAUUCUGGCGGAUCAAAAGAAGACGCGAGUGGUUAUAUUCUGUUUCUUUGGGUAUCUCUGGCCAUAAUGAAUGGCAUUGGGUGUUUUACUAUAUUCCCAACCCCAUAUGCCAUGUGUGACUACCAUCCAAUUAAAAAGACUGGUUCUAGCACACCAAAAUCACUUCAAGUUGCCCCUAUAAACGGAAUGAAAACCAAUUCAAGUGAAGCUUCAUUGCUGAUGCCGGAACAUUCGGCAAAAAGCUAUAGCGCAACGUCUGAAAAUAGUACGCUUUCUGCCAAAAGAGACAUGAUGGUUCCACCUAGUAGCCAUAUUUCCGAGUCCAUUUCGCCUUCGACAGCCGAAACCCUUCACCCAGAGUCUUUUUAUCCACUACAGAUCCUAAAAUCAAAGUAUUUUUGGAUAUACGCUUUGGUGUGCAUUUGGCAACAGGGACUGACCUAUGUCACGAACAUUGGCACAAUCAUUGCUGCAGCAAGUGGUCCAACAGCUACCGCUGAUUCACUUGCUCGCGCCUGUGCACUUCACGUUACACUAUUUUCAAUAGGUCAAAGCAUUGGUAGAUUCUGCACUGGUGCAGUGUCUGAUCUGGUCAAGACCAAGUACCAUCAUGACCGCACCAUGUUAUUGGUUGUUAGCGAAAGUGUGAUUAUUAUAUCGCAUGCGUUUGUCGCGUUUAUGGGGACAUCAUUGGUGGUGGUCCAGGGGGAUGGUGUAGUGGUCACUACUGGGUUGCUAUACUUUUGCACUAUUGGGAUUGGACUGGGAUGGGGUUCUGCAGGCGCAAUGUUUCCAUCCAUUAUCAAAGAUUUAUUUGGUACGGCGUUUUACGGAACAGCUUGUGGAUUUGUCAUGAUGGCCGUUCCAGUUGGUGUUAUUGUUUCCAAUCUUGUGUUUGGAAAUAUGUAUGAUGCAGCUUUGCAAGCCCAACCGAAACUUCCUAAUGGUGAUCUAUCCAUAACUUGCUACGGAUCACAAUGCUUUACUGGGUCGUUUGGAAUCGCGUUGAUUCUCCAGGCUAUUCCAGUAAUACUUGCUGUUGUCAUGUACUACAUGCGUACCAAGGAGGCUCAUCGUCAAAGUAUUUGCAUAGCCAAUCUGCCAGCCAUUGUUGAAGAACCAUCCCAUUAA